AGGCAGCGAGAGCAACAGAUAGGAAGAGACUGGGAGUGAUUCAGGCAGGAACCUUCGGGCGAGAUGGAGACAUGAAUCUAAUGGAGUGAAGAGAUGUAACGAGAGCAUCGGUGUAAUAGGGUUCGGUCCUCGCUCUGCCCCUAUUUCCUGUGGACGCCCCUUAAAAUAUGGAGGAAGAGGAAAUCUAGAAUGCCCCUUGCCCUAAAAAAUGCCCCGGGAGAGCCACCUUCCUCACAUUCCUAAGGGACCCAAGGGAAUUGAGAUCCAAGCGUCUCGACGGUCUGUGGUUUCUGAGGCGUGCAGCGGGGAUCCGCUACGGUCUGACUGCAGACUGCGCCUUCCCUGGUAUUUAAAGUACGGGAAGGGAGCCGCAUCUCCUGCCUCUCUCUGCUCAGUGCGGACGCCGCUGCAGCUCGCGACCGCCUCCCUUCAGCCCUCAGCGCGGUGUACCGUAUGCCGCGUGUGGCAGUCAGGUCUGGCAUACCGGAGCUCAUGGAGAUGUGCUGAAGCUCCGCGAAGAACCGGGAUGGUUCCUGAAUAGGUCACGGGAGAAUCCCCUAAGGAGCGCUUAGGGUUUAUGGGUUUAUGUGUGUGCGCAGGGGGGUGGGGAGCGGCUUGGUGCCGGACGCCCCCACCCGUGGAGACUGAGCUAUAAAUAGCACAGAAGAGCUCCGCCCCCCACCCCCCCUUCUCUCCUCCGGAGCCGGCGCUGUGCCCGGGGCGCACCGGGAGGAGGGACCAGGAUCCAGCGCUGGGGCGCAGAUACUGACACCAAGGGAAUCCGGGUGCCCCCCCCACGCCAUGUGGGCCCCCAGGUCCCCGGCUCCUCCACCCCGGAGGCCCCCAUGGCCCCGGCCUCAAUCCUGGCCAGGCAGAGAAGAUGCGGACAUUCAGGUCCCAAACGCAAGCUGCUUCUCCCCCCCCACUCAAUUUUUGGGGCUGUGGCAAUCUGAAAGAGGGAUAGGCUUCGCUACCGAGAACUCAGGCCUCUCCCAACCACCACCCCCACACUCCUAACCAUCUCCGGCAGGUCCCAGCCCCGGCUCUCUCGGUGCUUUGGGCCGAGCCGCAGCUAUGCUGCACACGGAGGGCCACGCUCUCCUUCGGGCGGUGGGUCAGGGUAAACUACGUCUGGCCCGCUUGCUCCUGGAGGGAGGAGCCUACGUGAACGAGGGUGACGCCCAGGGGGAGACUGCGCUAAUGGCGGCCUGCAGGGCCCGCUACGACGACCCUCAGAACAAGGCGCGCAUGGUACGCUACCUCCUGGAGCAAGGCGCGGACCCCAACAUCGCAGACCGCCUGGGACGCACGGCGCUCAUGCACGCUUGCGCCGGGGGCGGGGGGGCCGCGGUGGCCUCGCUGCUCCUGGCCCACGGCGCCGACCCCUCGGUCCGGGAUCACGCCGGCGCCUCCGCACUCGUCCACGCCCUGGACCGCGGGGACCGCGAGACCCUCGCCACGCUGCUGGACGCCUGCAAGGCCAAGGGCACGGAGGUCAUCAUCAUAACCACGGAUACCUCGCCCUCGGGCACCAAGAAGACCAGGCAGUAUCUCAACUCCCCACCGUCCCCGGGCGUGGAGGACCCUGCGCCCGCUCCUCCCAGUCCAGGGGUCUGCACGUCGCCUUCGGAAGUCCAACUGCAGACCGCAGGAGGAGGAGGACGCGGACUGCUAUCCCCCCGCGCCCAGGAGGAAGAGGAGAAAAGAGACGUGUUUGAAUUCCCCCUUCCUAAGCCCCCUGACGACCCUUCCCCCGCCGAGCCUCUCCCCAAGCCGCCUCGACAUCCUCCGAAGCCACUCAAAAGGCUCAACUCCGAGCCCUGGGGCCUCGUGGCUCCCCCUCAGCCGGUGCCUCCCGCGGAAGGGCGGCCGGGGAUGGAGCGCCUGGCGGCCGAAUUCAACGGCCUGACCCUGACCGGCAGGCCGCGGCUCUCCCGGCGCCACAGCACGGAAGGCCCCGAGGACCCGCCCCCGUGGGCGGAGAGAGUGGCGGGCGGGGGGCCGCUCUCGCGCCGGAACACGGCGCCCGAGGCGCAGGAGCCCGGGCCGCCCUCGGGGCUGAGGCAGAAACUGAGCCGCAUGGAGUCGGUGGAGCUCGACACGCCCGGACACUUCUGCCCGGACUCGCCCGAGUCCGGCCGCCUGUCCCUGGAGCGCCGGCGGUACAGCGCCUCUCCGCUGACCCUCCCCCCGGCGGGCUCCGUCUCCUCCCCGCGCCAGUCCCAGGAGAGUCUGCCCGGGGCCGUGUCCCCGCUGAGCGGGCGGAGGCGGAGUCCCGGGCUGCUGGAGCGCAGGGGCUCCGGGACGCUGCUCCUGGACCACAUCUCGCAAACUCGACCCGGUUUCUUGCCUCCUCUCAACGUCAGCCCCCACCCUCCCAUCCCCGACAUUCGCCCCCAGGCCGGAGGUCGGGCGCCCUCUCUGCCUGCCCCUCCUCACUCCGGGGCGCCAGGGUCUCCUAGGACCAAGCGCAAGUUGGUGAGACGCCACUCCAUGCAGACUGAGCAGAUUCGCCUGCUGGGGGGGUUCCAGAGUCUAGGCGGGCCCGGGGAACCAGGGCGCUGAAAGAACUGGAUGGCGACGAGGAGGGGAGGGUCAGGCCCCUGGUGGCAGGGGAACCAGCUGCGAACUCGGACGCAGGAUCUCUUGCAUGUGCUCACGGCACUGUGCACGCACACAUAGGUAAGCAAGUGUUCACAAGCACGGUACUCUUGCUAGCGAGGAAGGGUAAAUACUGCGUUUACUGGGCGUGUAGACCCACGCAUUCAUGCCCUGGUCAUUUUCACCACAAGUACAUGGGAUUACCUGGGGUCCCCGUAGGCACAGCACACCACCAAACUGGGGACCACUUGUGCUAGGGUCCCGGACUCACUUGCAUUUGUUCGGAAUCAGCAGGGAGCCCCACUUCUGGCUGCUCUCCUCUAUCUCUGCCCCCACCCUCCCGAAGAAGCAGUCCCUUGCUUUCCUCGUAUGCCCUCUGCGACGCGGCCUAUCCUGCCUUCACACACUCCACUUUCUCUUCAUGAGCGUCUCUCCCCGUUCUGCAGGACUUGCUUCUCCAUGCCUGGCCCCUCGCUCACACCCUGCUUCCAUCUGCUUUUCAGGAUGUCUUCUUCACUUUUCUUGGGGUUCCUGCAGCAGCUCCCAGUUUCGGUUCUGUUGCUGCCUUUCAUGCUCUACUCUUCUCGACUUCCUGCUUUUUAUUCCCACCCUGCGCCCCUCCGCCAAACACACACACACACCACUACAGAUUGUCUUGUUUACCCCAGGGCUUGGGUCAUGGGCUCUAAGCUGCUCUUCUGUGUGUCCGAGCUUAUGAACACCCCCCACGGGAAGAAGUGGGGAGCAAGCCUAAGUCCUCUUACCACUUGACAUGUCAAAUAAAUGUGUUCAGAAGUCUC